AUGACAAUUGCAAUUGAAGAGGUAUUUCGGAAUUCUUAUCAUCGUCUAUGUCUUUGGCAUAUUAUGAAAAAACUACCAGUGAAGUUAGGCGGUCAUGCUCAAUACAAAAUGAUAAAGAAACAAUUGAAGACCAUUGUUUAUAACUCUCUUACAGUUGAUGAAUGUGAUGAGAAUUGGUUAAGAAUGAUUGAGGAGUUUAAGCUGGAGAACAAUGAUUGGUUGAAAUCUUUAUAUGAGGAACGGAAUAGAUGGCAAUUUGUUGAACAGUAUGAUAGUGCAUUGAAGAAGAAUAUUGAGAAUGAAAAAAAAUUGGAUUUUGUUUCUUUUAAUUCCAUCAUGCCAGUUAUUCUUGGUCAUUCUAUUGAAAGACAAUUCCAAAACGCCUACACUAACAAUAUAUUUACGUUGUUCCAAGAUGAAAUAAGAGGGUUGAUGUUUUGCGAUGCCUCUUUGUUGAGGGAAGAAGGGGAAACUUUAAUAUUUGAAGUAGUAGAAAAUAUGUUGGGAAAUAAUGGACAUCCUGGAAGAGAAGUUUCCUUUAGGGUACAUUAUACCGAGUUAGAUUGCCAAUUGAAGUGUGUGUGCCGUUUGUUUGAGUUCCGGGGAAUUUUAUGUAGGCAUGUGAUCAAAGUGUUAAUGAGAAUGAAGGUUAUUGAGGUUCUUAUGCGUUAUAUUAUGGACCGAUGGCGCAAAGAUAUUAAACGUGGGUAUCAAAGCAUCAGUAACAUAUAUGAUGAUUAUGGUUGUGAUGGAAAAAGACUUCGGUAUAAUACUCUCACCCCAUUGAUGCAAGAGGUUCAACAACUUGGAGCUGAAAAUGACGACAUUUGUUCUGUUUUGGUGAAAAUCAUGAAAGACACUAAGGAAAAACUUAUUAUUGCUUUGGAGAAUGGACAAUCAAUGGUUGAACAACUUGAAGAAGCAUCUACAUCUGGGGCAAAAGUGAUACACUCUCCAUUGAAAGUAAGAACCAAAGGUCGUCCACCCAUAAAGAGGAAGCAAUCUAAGGUUGAACAAAUAGUGAAGAAAUCAAUUGCAAAGGCCCAAAAGAAGAUUUUUGAUGUAUGCCAGUUUGUGAAUCAAGAACCAAUUGUUGAUUUUGUGAAUCAAGAACCAUCAAAGCCAUCGUGCACUGUUUCUGUUCUUUCUUCACUUAUGUUAUUUCUUGAAUACAGAUUUGUGAUGUAUGCCAUGGCCACGCAGGCUGUGAUGGACAAUAUGUAUGACAGAGAUGAAAUUCAAUGCAAUGCAUAUACAAACUCUGACUCCCUCAAUUCAAUGCACAAAUUUAAUGCACAACACUGA